AUGGCGUCGCCGGCUCCCGAAUCCGCCGCGGGAAAGCCCGAGCGCGCAACAGAAGAAAAAUCUAUCGACGCGGCUCCUGCCGUUGAUCAUGCGGCUCGCGCGGAACGCGACGACGAUGGCAUUGCGGGUGGCGCAGAGACGACCCCUCCUGCCGAGGAACAGGAAGAGGACAAUGAGGCACACUCAAGCUCGCCGACUCAAGCAGACCUCGAAGACGGCGAGGUAGAGCCCUCCGCCGCCGACGCAGCGCCGCCCCUCCCUAACGAGCCCACGCCGCCCGCCGGCGGCCCCCCGCUGCCCAGCGAGCCCGUGCCCGAGGACGAUGGCUGGGACUGCCAGUUCGACCCCCGCACGCAGGCGUGGUUCUUCUACAACCGCUUCACCGGCAAGACGCAGUGGGACAACCCGCGCGUGCCCUCCGCCGCCGCCACCACCGCCGCCGCCGCCGCACCACUAUCUCCUCCCGCAGCCGCCGGCGGCUACAACCCGGCGAUCCACGGCGACUACGACCCCGAGGCGUGGUACGCCAAGGGCUCCACCCAGGAAGACGGCGCGGAGCAAAGUACCCUUGAUGACGCGGCGGCGGACGACCUGUACGCGGCCACGGCCACCUUCAACCGCUUCAGCGGUGGCUUCCAGGACGCGGACGCGGCCGGGCGGCACACGGACGAGGCCAAGACGCGACGCCAGAUGAACGCGUACUUUGACGCGGACGCGGCGGCGGCGGCGCACGACGGCCGCAGCCUCCGCGCGGAGCGCCAGGGCAAGCGCCCGAGCAAGGCCGAGGUCAAGGCGUUCAGGGAGAAGCGGCGCGCGCGCAAGGAGGAGAAGCGGAGGGCCUGGCUGCGGGACUGA